AUGCUAAAAAAUGUCAGAGUGGCCCAAGGGUGGGGACCUGAGGAGCUUCAGGUUGCAUUCAAUAAGAAAGAAGAAAGAGUGAAAUCUCGUUCAAGCUCAAGAGUCAAGAGACGAAGUCCACCAAAAAGCCUGGAAGAACUGGCGAUUAUAGUGGAGGUUUUGGAGGAAGAUCUUAAAACUCCACAUACCAUAGGUUCAUCUCAUACCAGAAUUACUGUGUUGGAGCCGCCAGCCUUUCCAGUGCACUCACCAGCUCUGACAGGAUAUAACAGUGAUGGUUCAGGGGACAUGAUUCCGGGCCCAGAGCCUAACAUAAGCCACUCCCCUUGGACAGAGUACCAGCCACUGUCUCCGGACCACAUGUCAAUCUGUGGAGAUUUUACUGAGGAGCAGCACUCCCCUUCGAGCUGGAGCUUGGACAGCUCUGCUUUAUUCUGGACGCAGCUCCAGAAAGAGGACAUAGCACUCAACGACAUCAGUGACACAGAGCUCCUGGAUACCGAUGCACAAGGCAGAAACCUGCUUCAUAAUGUAGUGUGUGUUGGGAAGAGGCCUCUAGCCUAUGCUGUCGCUAAGAGGAUGGCUGCCAUCAACAGCCUGGACCUCAAAGACUCCAAUGGAAUGACUGCUCUUCAUUAUGCUGCAAUGAACAACCACCACCUGAUGGUAUGUGACCUGAUCCACCUGGGAGCCAGCAUCAAUGAAAGGAACAAUACGGGCAAGUCCUGCCUCCAUCUCAGUGCAGAGAAAGGCUACACCCAGGUUCUAGAGGUUUUAAAGCUACUGAUGAUAGAUGGAUACUUUGUUGAUGUGGAAGCCACGGACAACUCUGGAAUGAGUGUGUUGCAGUGUGCUGCUGUGGCUCUGAAGGCCACAGUGUGUGAGGAGGAGAGUUGUUCCAGACUCAACAGUUUGUGUAAAGAGCAGAUGCUGGAGACACUGGAGAUUCUGCUACAGAUGGGCAGUUACCUGCACUCCAUGGGGUGUUGUGGAAUCCCUCACAGCUCCUAA